AGUGGGUGUCAGAGUUCCAAGAUUUUGGGGGGGUUUGUGUUUGGUAGUAGGCAGCAAAAUCAUUCUCACCAUCAUCAGAUUUAGCCUAAACAUUUACAAUAUGAUAUGUAUGUAGCCUACUACAUUUUGAACCUGGACUUUUAUUGAAUAAUCAUAUCAUAACUUAAUAAUCAUAACUUCAUCUGAACUUAAUUAGAUUUUUUCUAAAUACAUAAUUCUCUACUUUCCUCUAGUCUGUGUGAUGAGAUUUUGACACAUAAUAAUUCAAAUUGGGAAAUCAAUCAUCAUGGUGUCUGUAUUUCAUGUGAUUGUGAGAUGCAGGUUAGCAUAGAGACUAUUGAUUGAGAGGUUAAUAUUCAACUAUUUAGUCUAUGACCCUAAAACACAAGAGCUCCUAUCAUCUAACUGUCUUUUAAUUUGCUUUACUGUCCUGGCACGAAUAAAUUCACUUCCACAGCACAGGUUAAUUUGGGACAUUUGAACUUCAGAUACAUUACGGAUUACCAGCUUUUCUAUCUCUAAAUUGCAAAUGUCUGGAUGCGAUGAGUGACAUGUUUCAUUUUGAGUCAGGGCAUAUUGCUGACAAAAGCACUGAAGACCUCAAUUCAUUUUCAAAAUGGAAAUCUCUCCUCCGGAAAUGGAUUCCAUUCAGUAUGAUGAAUUUGGUACGUCUGACAUUGAAAGUAACCACAGUCGGAGGAAAAUCAUCCCACAAAGAGGUAUGCAGAGCAGGGUGGUUCAUCUCCUGUAUGGUGUCUUGGUGCUUCUCCUGUUGAUAAUACUGCUGAUAACUGGACUUAAAUACCCAGCUACUAUCAACCAACACUAUUAUGAUGAAUUUCAGCUUCCAGUGAGAGGAACUUGUAGUGAAGAAUGGUGGUCCUUCCAGGAUAGCUGCUACCUGGCAUCAAAAAGGAAGCUCAACUGGAACAGUGCAGAGGAAAAAUGUAUUGAGCUGGGAGCACAGCUGCUUGUUCUUAACAGUGAGGAUGAGCUGGACUACAUCUCCCAAGUGAUUGAUGCAGGAGAGAGAUACUGGGUUGGGCUUGUGGAGAGAACACAAGAGGGCCACUGGACCUGGGUGGAUGGAACUGACUACAAAUCAACUCCACACUUCUGGGAUAAAGGGCAGCCAGACAACUGGCAGGUUGGUGUGAGUGGAGAGGACUGUGGACAGCUUCAUGACGGUCCACACAGACGACGCAAGCUUUGGAAUGAUGCAGACUGCAACCUAACGCACAACUACAUCUGUGAGGCAAAGGGGAAAUGAGAAACAGAAACACAUGCUUGCCAUUGACACAUGAGCUGUAAGCUAUGCCAGUGCUGCCUGACUGAUAUAACAUGACAGUCUCAGGAUACAGGAGAAAGGAUGGAUUUCUUUCAGUGACUGUACAACAAUCACAAAUUAUGGUAUUGAGGAUAAGAAGCACACAGUGUACAACGUGAGCUUAUUCACAGAAUAAUGUUUAAUUAAACCUUGGUAUGUCAGAAUUUAA